UUAUAUAAUUUUUAUCAGAUUUUCUCUCUCUUCAUUAUUUAAUCCCCUUUUUAGCACCUUUCUCUCCCUUUUUAUCUUUUCAAAAAUUUUUUCCCAUUUUUUAUUGCAUCACAAAAUUUUAGACUUCAAAAAAAUACAUAAAAGGAAUUUCUUUUUUGACUUUUUCUCGAGAAUUUUAGAUUUUAUUUUUUUCUUCUUUUCCCAAUUUUUUGCUCAUCCUUUCCUCUUUUAAGUAUUUUUAAAAAACUAAAAAUCUGAUUUUCUUUUUUUCUUUUUUUUCUUUUCGGCGACUUUUCUUUUUGUCCUUUUUUUACAAAUAAAUUUAUUUUUAUUUAUUUUCGUGUCCUCAUCUGUUGGCAUUUGUUUUUCUUUUAACAAUUUGGAUUUAUUUAUUAUUUAAAAGCUAACCAAGAUUUGCUAAAAAUAUUAUGUACAUAUUUUUUUGUGGGUUUAUUAAUUUUUAAAAAUUAUUUAGAUAUUUUUAAGCUCAAUUAAAGACAACUCUUUUUAUUUAAAAAAUGCCUUGUAAUUCUUGUAUUCCUCCCCCACCAAUUUUUGAUAUUCCCCCACCUCCAGAUCCCUCUCUUAUUUUACAUUUGUUAAUUGAAGAUAUUCAACAACAACAACAUUCAUUUCAUCCCCAACAAUUUUAUUCUUGUUUAAAACCUUCACCAUUCCCUUCUUUUUUAUCCAAACUUUUAUUUGGCGGUGAUUGGCUAUUACCUUUUUUGGCUAUUUUUCUUUUUUGUAUUUUCAGUAUAUUUGUUGGAUUAAUUAUUUUAAUUAGAAAAAGAAGAAAAAAAAGAGAAGAGGAGGAAAUGAGGAGAAGAAGAACACAAAAUAAUGGAGGAGAAAAGAAGAAAAAAUUAAAUAGAAAAAGGUAG